CAGACGAUCCCCGAGUCGUCGCUCGCCGCACAGGCCCUUGUGUAAUCGUUCUCAGAGCUGAUCGAUUCGCCGGCAGUGCUGCAGCUCCCGUCCUCUCUCUCAGUGCGCCUGCGCCUGCCGGACAAGAUGUCGGACGACAAGGGUGCCCCAAAGUUGAAGGAUCUCGCCUUUCUGAAAGAUCAGCUGGAGGGUCUACAACGUAGAAUAGAGGGCGAGGUACAGUCUGGAGUAACCCAGGAAGGCUCCAUUCUGAGUUCCCCGUUCCUGAAGGGAUUCGUGGCCGGUUAUGUGUUUGCCAAGCUCAGGGCCUCUGCCGUGCUGGGCUUUGUGGUGGGGACCUGCACAGGAAUUUAUGCCGCUCAAGCCUACGCAGUACCAAACGUGGAGAAGACCAUCAAGGACUACCUUAGCUCUUUAAGAAAGGGACCUGAUUAGACUGGAGCAAAGGGGCUGACACUCCAUUAACUGCGCCGUUCAUGCUUUAGGUGCUAUAUUGGAACUCUAUAGCCUAUUGGGUACCUUCUAUUUGCACAUUCUUACAAACUAUGCAGCUGUCUCACCUGGACCUGCCGUGGGUGGUAGGAAUUGGCUCAGCAGGCCAGACGGCGUACUGUUAAGUGCUUUCUCUAUUUUUGCUUAUGUACAUUCAAUGCCAAUUGGAAAGUGAUGAGGACAUCUCUCUUCCUGGGCACACGUUGCACUUACUGAUCGCUCAGUGAGUUGCCUGGGCUACAAGACUUUCAUCUCUGUAUUGUUCAUUAAUUUUAAAUAACACUGCAGCAUCUAGACUAUAAGAGCCAUAUAUUGUUGGUCAAAUUACAUAGACAACCUUUGCUGCCGGCAAACGGCUUUCAUAUAGCAUAUUAGCCAAGCCUAGGACUUUUUUUUCCUGUAUCUUUGAAUUGUUUAAACAUUUUAAUCCAAUAUGAAUAAACACAACUUGAUGCCAA